UUGUAGGGAAGAUACUAGCGUCAUUAAUACCAACGGAUGUGUCAAAAAUAUAUGAAUGUCGAUGAACACUUUUGUAAAUACACAAAAUUUAAAAUUUUAUUUGAAAUUUUAUAGAUCAUCCCAUGGAGCACUUUAUAAACCUUGCCCUCUUGGUAUUCUUCCACAUUCUGCCCUCUCUCUCUCUUUAUCUCCCAAAAUAGAGCUUGGAAAUGCUUAGAGUUGAUGCAAUGAUGCCUACUAAUGAUUUUUUCAUCUGGGUUCCUCUGCUUUUCCUCUGUUCUUCUCUGUUGCUUCUUAAAUCCAUAAGAAAACAGGCAAAACCCAACAACAAGCUUCUUCCUCCAACCCCUCCCAAGCUUCCUUUGUUGGGCCAUUUUCACCUCAUUGGCUCCCUCCCCCAUCGCUCUCUCUCUCAGCUUUCAAAAAAAUAUGGCCCCGUCAUGCUCCUCCAACUCGGCUCUGUCCCAACCAUCGUUAUUUCCUCUGCCGCCGCUGCAAGAGAGUUGUUCAAAUUUCACGACCUUGCUUCUUGCAGCCGUCCUUGCUCAACAGGUAGUGGAAGACUUUCGUACAGCUAUGUUGACAUGAGUUUUGCUCCAUACGGUGAACACUGGAGGAACGUUCGAAAGAUUUGUAUGUUUGAGCUCUUCAAUGCUUCGAGGGUUCAGUCGUUUCAGUAUAUUAGAGAAGAAGAGGUGGGUCUGUUAUUGAACUCAAUCUCUCAACAUUCAAAUCUUGUUGAUCUGAGUGAGAAAUCUUACUCUCUCACAGAAAAUAUAAUAACCCGGAUGGCUUUUGGGAAGAACUUCAGAGGGGGUGAGCUAGAUAAUCACAAUUUUCACCAUGUUGUUCGAAGAGCCAUAGUAUCACUCGGAUAUUUCUCCGCGACUGACUACUUUCCCAGAGUGGGUUGGAUUGUUGAUUGGCUUACUGGCGUUCAUGGAAGGUUGGAAAAGAGCUUUUUUGAGUUGGAUGCCUUUUUCCAACAUGUAAUUGAUGACCGCAUCAACUUCCAGGCAACUUCUCAGAAAAAAGACAAUAUUAUCGACGUUCUGUUGAAAUCAGAAAAAGAUGGAUUGCAACUCAGUGGAGAUUGCAUCAAGGCACUUACAAUGAAUAUAUUUCUAGGUGGAGUUGAAACGGGAGCAGGGGUCAUUGUUUGGGCUAUGACAGAGCUGGUUAGGAAUCCAAGGGUGAUGAAAAAGCUACAAUAUGAAAUCAGAAACUGCAUCAAAGAGGAUGAAGUGAAGGAGAGUCAACUCGAAAAGCUUGAAUAUCUAAAAAUGGUUGUGAAAGAGGUUUUGAGGCUGCAUCCUCCCAUCCCACUUCUUCCGAGAGAAACCAUGUCCCAUUUCAAGCUAAACGAUUAUGAUAUUGAUCCCAAAUGUCAUCUGUAUGUCAAUGUUUGGGCGAUUGGGAGAGACGUGAAUUCCUGGAGUGACGCAGAAAAAUUCUUGCCAGAGAGAUUCAUAGGGAGUGAUAUCAAUUAUAUAGGACAACAUUUUGAGUUAUUACCAUUUGGAGCUGGUCGGAGAAGAUGUCCGGGGAUGAAUAUGGGGAUCCUUGCGGUGGAGCUCACACUAGCUAAUCUGUUGCUUUGUUUUGAUUGGAAAUUACCGGAUGGAAUGAAAGAAGAAGAUUUGGACAUGGAAGAGAAUGGUGGUCUAACCAUCCCCAAGAGGUCACCUCUCAAACUUAUUCCAAUUCGCCACUUAAGAGUGUAGCUCAGUUCUUGGUAAGUUUAUGUUUGCAAGUACCAUGGUGUUACUCUAUAAAGGAAGGUGAACAUAGAUUCAACACUCAAUCAGCAGAUCGGUCACUAUUCCUCUUUUUCAGGAAAUGAUUUAAGUGAAAUUAUUCAUGUUUUAUGCUUCGUAUUUAUGUAUGUAUUUAAGUCAUGCUACAUCAGGCUGAAAGGAGUAUGUAAAAUUGUAAACUCUGCGCUCUAGAUAUGGAUGGAUGUUAUCACCCCGUUGAGCAUGUAUGUUUAUUUUGCAUCAAUUAUGCAUACUCAUAUUAUUUUCCAUGA